AUGACUUCUCUCGGACGACUCGCCAACAAAGUAGCUGUAAUCACGGGUGCAGCUUCAGGAAUUGGACGAGCCACCGCCCUAGCCUUUGCCAAAGAAGGCGCAAGAGUAGUCUGCGCCGACAAGCGCUCGAAAAGUCAUUUCCACCGCUCUGCCGAAGAAGACAGCACCACAGUCGAGCGAAUCCAAGCAUCCAAUGGCAAAGCCGUUUUCACCGCUGUAGAUGUCACUCAACCGGACUCCGUGCAAGCUAUGAUUCAGACUGCAGUGCAAGCAUUCGGUAGAGUGGAUAUCAUGUUCAACAAUGCGGGAAUUGCACCUGAUCCAAAAGAUUACCUCCCUUGUUGGGAACUCGAGACGGAUAUUUGGCAAGAGAUACAGAACGUCAAUUCCACAGGAGUUUUCUUCGGCACGAAAUAUGCUAUUCAACAAAUGUUAAAGCAAUCACCACACUCCAGUGGUGAUCGUGGAUGGAUUAUCAAUACAGCUUCAAUUCUCGGCUUUGUCGGAGCGGAGCACACGGCGGCAUAUUGUGCCUCCAAGGGCGCCGUGGUAAAUUUCACGAGAGCGGCUGCGCUGGAUUGUGCACCACAUCGAAUUCAUGUGAAUGGGUUGGCGCCGGGAUAUACCGAGUCUGCGAUGACGGGACAUUUGUGGCAGGAUGCUGUCGUGAAGGGGAAAUUACUGGAGAAACAUCCUUUUCGCGGGCUGGGGAAGACGGAGGAUUUGGCCAAGGUUGCUGUCUUUUUGGCGAGUGAAGAUGUGCAAUGGGUUACUGGGGUAAGUGUUGAGGUUUUUUUUUCUCUUUCUUUCUUUCUCUUUUCUCCCGGACUAUACCAAAUAUAUCAAAAAGAUCAUUGCUGA